GCGUUAUGUCGCACACUAGCGCCAUUAUUUUCGAAGCGGGGAGUCUCGCCAUCGUUUCCGCACUGGCUGGACUUGCACACCAUUGUACUUAUCUGGCUCUACACUGUGGCAAGCAUGACAGACAAAGCUCCACAAGGCGUACCGGCGCAGCUGCCUUACCCGAUUCAGCUGUCACCUCCACCAGCUUACGGAGCACAGCCAGGUUUCGCACCGCAACCAGGUUUUGCUCCGGCGCAUGCCUUCCAGCCAGGUGCAGUUCCGCUGUGCCCCAUGAACGAAAUUGGUGUAGCUUCCAAUGACAGAACAUCGCAAAACAUAAGUGGCCCUCCACCCCAUGUUGGGUUUGCACCCAGUGCAGUUCCCAUGCAGCCCCCUCCAUAUGCAAACCCAGUUGGUCCAAAGUAUGGCCACCAAGGUGGGGAUUCGUAUGACGGGAAUACAGCGUCGUUCUCGAUCCAGGGCGAUGGUGACUGUGAGCCAGUACUUGAGCAGUUUGAAAAGUUCUCCGACAAGUCUGUUCGUCAAGCUUUCGUUAGAAAGGUUUAUGCCAUAUUGAUGAUCCAGCUUGCUAUCACAGUAGCAUUUGUGGCUCUGUUCAUAUACGAACCUCAUGUGAAGCGUUUCGUCCAGACAACUCCAGAGGCCUACAUUGCUGCAUAUGUCAGCUUCCUGGUGGUCUACUUUGUUCUUGUCUGUGCCGAAGGAUUGAGGCGAACGUACCCCACUAACAUUAUCCUCUUGUUUUUAUUCACCUUGGUGAUGUCCUACUUGGUGGGAACCAUUUCGAGCUUUCACAGCACAGACGCCGUGCUGAUGGCAGGGGGUAUCUGCGCAAGCUGUUGUCUGGUUAUAUCCCUGUUCUCCUGCUAUUCCAAGUUUGACUUCACGACCUGUGGUGGCUUCCUUUUCGUGGGCCUGUGGGUGCUCAUCCUCUUUGGCAUACUCACCAUCUUCACUUACAACAGGAUCGUGAACACAAUCUAUGCUGCUCUUGGUGCUCUGCUGUUUAUGGCGUUUCUGGCUUUUGACACACAAAGAAUCAUGGGUGGAAGAAAGGUUGAGCUGAGCCCAGAAGAACAUAUCUUUGCUGCCCUGCAGUUGUACAUGGAUAUUGUUCAGUUGUUCCUUCUGCUGUUGCGGCUUUUCGGCAGCCGUCGGUAGAGGCCAUGUGGAAAGAUGCUUGUGUUGGGUAAUGAAUGAGCAGACAAUGGAAUAAAAGCAGAAUUUGUAGGUAUGUUUUACUGUUUGUACAGGCCUGGGCAGUGUUUGCUCGUUUGGUAAAUACAUGUUGGAUUGAAAAAACAGUUUGUAAAUAGUUAUGUAUGUGUUACUGUUUUUGUUUCUCCUUCCAGUAUUAUCUUCUUUGGACACCCAAUAUGUAAGAUGGUUCAUAGUGGAAAUUGGAGUGCACUUUGUUCAGGUUUUCGUAUGGGAGCAAUUCUAAGAAGGUGCUCAUAGCCCUGCAGAGUUAGACAAAGGGUGCUGCUCUUUGCUUUCUUUGUAUGUAUAGUUAGUUUUGAGAUGAGCAAAGCAAAGCAUCUUUCAAUCCUUACUUGUUAGUGGCUAAAGUUUGAUGUAAUCUAGUAUGUAAAACCAUUGUAAUUUGACUAGAAUGCAUGCAGGCUUGCUGUAAACAAGCUUUGUUUAUAGAAUAAAGCAUACGAUUACA